AUGGGGGAUGCAGUGACUCCGAUGACUGUCGACGACUUCUCGGACGGUGAGGUCCCGCCGCCUCCUGCGCCCUUUGCUGGUACUCCGCCCAGAAGAAGGAGGGCCAAGGACAAGGCGAAGCCUGCUCCGAGGCUCCAGGCCAUCAGGGAUGCAUUGUCCAACGCUGGGCAGACGACCUCUUGCUUGGUAUGUGAUUGCCAGACAUAUCCGAAAUCGAAGUUUUGCAAGGAGCACAAGCGAGAGGCGGAGGCCUGUCGCAAAGACGCCGAGGAUCAAGGCGAGCUCGAGUAUUACAACCAACAAGCAUCAAACAAGGAGUCUUUUCGGAAAAUGAUCCUGGAGUAUAUGGAUAAGAGCCCGAGCAGGGGCCCAGGGGCCAAACGCAACCGUUUCGAUUGGACUACCUACAGGGAGAAAACAUAUUCCGGGAAGGCCGUCCGCAAAGGACAAAAAGAAGUGCCACUGCAUUACGAGACUUGGUCGGCUUAUUCAAUUUUUCUGGUUGUGUUGCAGAUCAUCUUUGCAGUGUUGAGGCUGAAGACUAGGUUUCUCUUCUCUUUCAAGAUUGCAGAGACUAUAGAGAAGUUCAUGAAGUUCCAGCAGGAGGACCGAGGCCUGUCGUGGCAGGAUGCCGACAAGCUUUGGGAAGAUUACAAGGCAGAUCCAGACCACGAGCGGGACGAACUGGGACCUCCUCAAAGCCAAUUACGUCUUUACACUGCGGUUGAAGACUACCUGAUCCGGGAGACGGUGAGCGGCUUCCAGCGUGAGAGAGUGUCAGGAGUCAAAGAUGUGAAGAAUCCGACUGAGAAGCAGGCCAAGGAGUUGGAUGAUCGUUUGGCCGAGCCGUUGCCAGGGUUUGAAGAGCUGCAGCUUGAGCAUCACAGCGGCAAGACCAAGUCGCAAUUUUUGCAGUCAGGCCCAGUUGUUGCUGUACCGAUGCACGGAAGACCGAGUGCCGGCCGCAUCCAGCCCGGUACGGGGAAGGCGGGGAAGAAGGACAAGGAGAUGGGUCGUCGCCGGGCAAAAGCCUAUGACGAGGUGCUCAAGAAAGUUCGCGAGGCUGAGGUCCGGUUGCCCAGGACCCUUAAGCAGGCCGAGCAGAACUUCGAGCAUUUCCAAGUGAACAACUCGGUGGACGACUACGAGCACUUCAUCCGCUUGGUCGAUGUCCGCAUCCGGGUCUUGAAGUGGUUGGUGGAGACUACGGACGAAGCUCAGUUUCAGCAGCGGCUUGAGGGGUUGGGUGAUAGCGAGCGGAGCUUGUUGCCUGUCGACACGAAGUUCCUUCACUUGCCGAAGCACAUCACCAACCAUUGCCAGCAGAUCCUGGGUAUGGACACAGACGACAAGAUCGACGAGCUGAAGGAGUACGGCAUCGCCUCAUCCCAAUUGCUAGCUUCUUGGCUCGACUUGGCCCAGCUGGCAACAGGAACAGAGCGUGGCGUGUCGGAUUUGCAGGCGGCCAAGGUGUCCAGAGAGAAGAACGAAGCGAGAAUGGCCAAAGCGGAUGCAAAGAAAGCACAGUUGCAAAAGAGGAAGGAAGAGAACCAGGCCAAGACAGCGGAGCAGAAGGCAGAGGAGGCUGCCCGUGCGAAGCGGGCAAAAAUGCCGAACCGUCUCGACAAACUGCCUACUACUUCUCUCAAGGACGUCAUGGGUGUCGGGCAGGGUGCAUUCGAGCAUUUGGACGGGACGAAGCCCUUCGUGAUCCGUGCUGCGUUGAAGCUGUCGCCGAAGCUGCUAGCCCUCACGAAGGAGAAGGGUUUUGAAGCGGCUCACAAGGCCUUCAUGCAAACGUACCAUACGACCACAGCCGCCAAGGGUACCGGUCGAGCUCAGUGCGGAUUGAAACCGGUGGAGCUCAUGGACCAAGCCAGAGAAGCCCUCCGGGAGUUUGUGCCGUUCAGAAGUAAUGUCGUCACAACCGAGCACAUCCCUAACCUGGACAUGGUGUCGAUGUUCGGGUUCCUGGCGGGGAUGUACUUUGUGUCUUCGGAGUACGAGGGAACAGGCCAGCUCCGGUACAUCCUAGGAGGUACGAAAGACACAUAUGCGUGCAGCCUCAAAGACAUCCAGGCCGCCAUGCUGAAUCUAGGGCUCGAGAAAGACGGCAAAAAGUCAUCGGAUGCGGACGUCUACAAGUUUUACAGGCACCUCACUGAGGAACAGGUGUCGAAGAGCGGCCUCACCGUGUACAAGGUGGCUGUGCGCCAGGGAGAUGCAUACUACCUGCCUUCCGGGUGGGUGAUGGGAGACAUCUGUGGUGACGAGGCGUGCAUUGGCCUUCGUUUGACGACCAUUUCAGACCGCGACAUUGUCCAGGAGAAGAACGUGGAAGCGAUGAUCGAAAUUCAGGAUCAGGCGAAUUCCAAGCACCUGGGGAACAUGAAGAAGAUCGUCGAAGUCUUGAACAAGCACAGCAACGGAGCCUGA